CCGAGCGGCCUUCGGAAUAUUCAAAGGCAAGUUUUAAGACUGCUCAUUGGCGAGGGGGAAUCAGUGGCAACGUGUUAAAAGGCCCGAACACCGACACUUGAAAGAGCUGCUGGGAUUUGCCAGGGAGCUUUUUGGUGGUUCCCCAGGUAGCGCUCUUAACCGCGGCAAGAGGCAUUUUUCGUACCCCUACCGAACAUCUGUCUGGUUUCCAAUACAUCAGCAGCAAGUUUCACUGAAGGUAAAUGGAACGAACCAUCAUGAUUACAACCAUGCGAAGUUUAUGCGGCAUUCUGUUGCUCAUUCUUACCCUGACUCCAGCACCGUUGCUCAGCAACGAGGUUAAAAGUGACGAAACGGACUACUGGAAAGAACUCAAGGGUGCUGCAGACAAGCCCAAGUAUGCUAAAAUGGCGGAUUUCGCAAUUCAACAGUUUACAACUGCGGUGGAAUUCUACCUCGCUGUCAACAAGCUGCAGAAGGUUCAACAAAAGGGUCAUCACUACAAACUGACAUUUUUGUAUACCCCGACGCGCUGUCCAGUGACGAAAGUUUUUGAACCUGAACUUUGUGUGGCUACGAGCACAAAGCCAUCCGGAAAAUGCCAAGCAUUUGUCAUCGAGAAGAAGAAGGGCCCCUUCCUGGACUGGAUUGACUGCGAAGAUUUUAACAAGAACGAAUUUCGACGAGCUAGAGUGCCACUUCCGAAAAGGCAUAGGCGGUCAAUUGUCCCAGCAAGGAGUUCAUUGAAUUAGUGUCAGGCAUUGCAAGGCCCACCUUCCGCAACGCUUCGCGCUGCUGCAAAAGUGCCUGAAGGUAUAAUAUAUGACAAUGAUAUGUCUGCCCAUACACAUAAUGAAUAAUUAAAGUUUAUUUACCGU